GCGUGCGCAUGCGCGGGCUCUCUAUAUGGAUAAGGAUGGAGGGGAAUAAAAGUAUGCAGAGGGAGAAAAUAGACCGACCCAUGAAGAGAGGCCCUGAGCAGAAUUCUCUGUCUCCUCCUUUAGCAAAAUGUCCAUUUAUGUCAUGUUCUUCCCUAAAAACCCUACAUUCCCUCUACCAGGGUUCUUUCCCAUUCUACAGGCUGCCCUCAGAAGUUGGUCACUUUUCACUUGAUGAAAACCGUCAGUACCAUCAGGAUAACAGAAAGUUACGCUAUUACAGCCCUCCAGUAGGAAUUAGGGAAAAGGGCUCACCUGGUUGGAAUGUUAUGGAUGGUUAUGAAUCCCACUAUGUACGCAGGAAUGAGGACGAAAAAGAGGGUUUGCUCCACAUACUGACCUGGUUAGAGAAGAACCGAGGUGUCCUAGGAGCACAUGUGGAAGGUGGCAGUAAAAGACCUAUUGAUCGAGAUUUUGUCACCUGGCGGGGUCACCUAACAAAGAUCCUUUGCACUCCUUAUGAGACACAGGAAGGCUGGCUUUUAGCGGUCACUCUGUUCAAAGGAACAUUCUAUAUAAGUGAACGGGAAACAGAGGCAGCACAAAAGAAGAGGAAAGAGAGGUCCCUGGAACAGGAAAGGCUCAUGUACUCUGGUUACAAAUUUGAAAGUUACAUUUGUGCAGACUCCCCAGAUAGACAGCCUUCCCAGUCCGCAGUUGUUAAUACCAAUGAGGGAUUUUGCAGUGUGUUACUGGCUCGGCUUACCUCACAUUCGCUUCUGAUAUCGGGGGAGGUAGACUGUACUGACCCAUCAGCCAAGAAAAGUAUCCCUCCAACUUGCUACAUAGAGUUGAAGUCUAGUGCCCAAAUCCGAAACCCCCACCAGCAAAGAAGUUUUAACAGGUACAAGCUACUAAAGUGGUGGUGUCAGUCCUUUCUUCUUGGAAUACCUAUCAUUGUUGCAGGAUUCCGUAGCCCAGAGGGAAGAAUUGUCUCUUUGGAAACCUUCAAGACAUCAGAUAUACCUCACCUUGUCCGGGGUGAAAGAAACAGCUGGGAUCCUGCAGUGUGCAUGAAUUUCUGCAACAAAUUCUUGUCUCAUAUAAAAAGUGUGGUGACUAGAGAUGACCCAAGGUUGGUUUAUCUCUUUGCAUGGGAGCCAGGUUGUGAUGUCACAUUCACUGUACACACUGAUCCUGAAUAUACAAUUCUCCCUUCAUGGUAUGUGAACUCUGUGAACUGAAGGAUACCAUGGACUAAACAUGAAUAUCCUACUGCAUCAGUGAGGACUUUCAGUGCAGCCUAUAAAUGAUGGCUCACAAAGCCAGAUGGAGAAUGGAUUUUCGUUCAAUGGACCUUAUGCCAAAACAAUAACAAACGGUUGAAGAAAGGGGGUUGUUUAUUUAGAGCUUAUUUUAACAUAGUUAUUAAGAAUGGAACUGAAACAAUGCUUAAUAAUGCAGGCAUGGGACCUGUUAUCCAGAAUGCUCAGGACCUGAGGUUUUCCGUAUAACGGAUCUUUCCGUAAUUUGGAUCUUCAUACCUUAAGUCUACUAGAAAAUCAUUCAAACCAUGAAAUAGGCUGGUUCUGCUUCCAAUAAGGAUUAAUUAUAUCUUAGUUUGGAUCAAGUUUAAUAUACAGGAGAUGGCAUUUCCGUAUUUGUGGGGUUUCUGGAUAACAGGUUUCCGGAUAAUGGAUCCCAUACCCGUAUACAUAAAAAAAUGGCCUUUUAAAAAUAGGCAUAAUGUAUACAAGUUGUAUUUUUGUAAAAACAAAUGCAUACUGUCCCUUUAAAUGAACAUUAUACCCCCUUCUUCAAUAUGAUUUCAAUGAAUACAGCUAGUGCUGAACUUUUUGCCUGUUGCUUUAAUCACAAAAAAAUGAAUUGUUAACUUGGCACAAGGUACAAAGCACAUCGCUGGUGGAUGCAAGGCAGGCAAUAAGUACAGGGCUCCUUCCCUGCCAAUUCUCUCUAAUAUACACAUUAGGAGCAAGAAAGGAAAGGGGAAGCCAACCCCUCAUGAAUGCAGUACUGCUGGAAUAUAUGUGUGUGUGGGGGGGAAGCAGUCAUUGACAAAUGGAUGCUUUGUCUAAUUUGUACUGUGCUCUACCAUCAGUAAAUGCUGUUUCGGUAUAAAUUAAAAUUCAUGUUUGUAAAGAAAACAAUCUGGUUACUUUGUUUAACAAUAAAAGAAACU